UGCAGAAAAUACAGCUUCCCGGAGACCAGCAACACUCAGUGAAAGCUGCACUCAGACAUCUGAAUGCAGAAGACAACGGCUCUGCGCCGGGAACGCGUGACAAAGGAUUACAGGGAAAGGGCGGCUGGAAUAAUUACAAAUCAAGACAAUACUGGAGGACAAAUCGUUUUCCCUCUAGCAAAACAUAUGAAUGGCUGCAGCAGCUUUUCAGAGAGGCCUCCGUUUCAGAUCUGACCCGGGAAUGGCUGGCGGAAUGGAGCCUAGCUCCAGGAAAAGGCAAGUUCUUUCUUUCUUUCUAUGUUUGUAUGUGUCCUUGGUGGCCUGUGAGACGAUCCGCUAUUCUGUGAGUGAAGAGAAGAAAAGCGGGUCCCUAGUGGCUAAUAUUGCAAAGGAUUUGAAUCUGGAUGUAGAUAAAUUGUUUGCUCGCAGGGCCCGGCUGGUUUCUAAAAGCACCAAGCAAUACUUUAAGCUGAACACAGGAUCCGGGGAUGUGAUAAUAAAGGAGAAAAUAGACCGUGAGGAUCUGUGCGGACAGAUUGACCCGUGUUUGCUGCAAUUCGAAAUUGUGUUGGAAAAUCCACUGCAGCUGUACCGAAUGGAGGUGCAGAUAGAUGAUGUGAAUGACAAUUCCCCUAAAUUCUCUAAAAAUGAAUUUCCUUUGAAGCUGCCUGAACAUCUCCCUGUAAACAGCCGCUUCCCCUUGGAAAGGGCCCAAGAUUCAGACGUAGGAACAAACGGCAUCCAGAGCUACGCGAUCAGCGCUAAUGAGCACUUCAGGCUGGAUGUGCAAACCCGGGGAGACCGCAAUAAAUAUGCGGAGUUGGUUUUAGAGAAACAAUUAGAUCGGGAGGAGCAGGCGCAGUUGAUGCUGAUUCUCACAGCUGCCGAUGGGGGCCUUCCACAGAGAACCGGCACAGCCCAAAUACGCAUUAAUGUGCUUGACACCAACGAUAACUUCCCCCGGUUUAGUCAGUCAGUGUACAAGGUGCAGUUAAUGGAAAACAGUCCGCGGGACACUUUGGUCACUAAGGUUCAAGCCAGUGAUUUGGAUGAAGGUUCAAAUGCAGAAAUCACCUAUUCAUUCAGGCAAUUGCCUGACAGAGUCCUCAAGUUAUUCAAAUUAAAUCAAUUUUCCGGAGAAAUCACUGUUUUGGGGAUAAUUGACUAUGAAGAAAGAAGCAGUUAUGAGAUGGACAUCCAAGCCACGGAUGGCGGGGGUCUAUAUGCGCACUGCAAAGUCCUGGUGCAGAUCGAGGACAUGAAUGACAACGCCCCGGAAGUGACACUGACGUCCCUCACCAGCACCAUACCCGAGGACUCCUCCCCUGAGACAGUGGUGGCCCUGUUCAGUGUGAGAGACCCAGACUCCGGGGACAAUGGCAGAACGGUCUGCUCCAUUCAGGACAAUGUCCCUUUUGCUUUAAAAUCGACUCUGAAGAAUUAUUACGGGCUCGUUACACAAAAGCCCCUGGACCGAGAGAAAGUGCCUGAGUAUAACAUAAGCAUCACAGCCACAGACCGGGGGACUCCGAGGCUCACCUCCGUGAGGAUCAUCCGUGUUCAGCUAUCGGAUAUUAAUGACAACCCCCCUGUAUUUAAUGAAAGUUCGUACGUCAUGUACCUGAAGGAGAACAAUCACCCGGGCCUGUUGAUUGGAACUGUCCAUGCUGCUGACCUCGACACAGAGCAGAAUGCCAAAGUGACAUAUUCGGCAUUGCCUGGCAACAUCGGCCACCUCCCCUUCUCCAUAAACUCCGAAAACGGGAAUGUGUACGCUCUGCAGUCUGUGGAUUAUGAGCAAACGAGGGAUUUCCAGGUUUCGGUGAAAGCUGCGGAUGGCGGGUCCCCUCCACUAAGCUCUGAAGUCAUUGUCCGAGUUGUGAUAAUUGAUGAAAAUGACAACGCGCCCUUCAUUUUAUACCCUCUGCAAAACAACAGCGCCCCCGCUAAUGACCUGGUUCCCAGAUCGGCGGAGGCGGGUUACCUGGUGACGAAGGUGGUGGCUGUGGAUGGAGAUUCCCGUCAGAAUUCUUGGCUUUCCUAUCACUUGUUGAAGGCCACAGACCCAGGUCUCUUCGCUAUGGGUCUCCAAACCGGGGAAGUAAAAACCAGCAGGCCUAUAAGGAGCCCAGACUCUGUUAAACAGAAACUUAUCGUCCUGGUUAGAGACAACGGAGAGCCGCCCAGAUCCACCACCUCGACCCUUAAUGUGCUUCUGGUGGAUGGGUUUUCAGAUGCCUACGUGCAGUUACUGGAUGUACCACAAGAGGAGGAGCAGCAGGACACAUUAACCCUGUAUUUAGUCAUUUCUUUGUCUUUCGUUUCAUUCCUUUUUUUGGUUUCUGUGGUAACAAUUAUCGCCAUCCGUGUAUACAAGACAAGGCAGUGCCGAGAGCGGUAUGUUCCAUCGUCCAGGAACUUUUAUUGUGAGCCCAACUUCCCCACAAAUCCUGCGGACAGGAGUGGCACUGGGACUCUGCCUCAAUCUUAUUGUUAUGAGGUUUGCUUGACAACUGGGUCUGGCAUGAGCGAAUUUAAAUUUCUCAGGCCGCUGGUACCGUCCCUACCCGCUGACCCCAGCGCUGCAGGAGGGCCCAUACUUGACUCUCAGAUUAACUCUCAUCUGAAAGGUGAGAAAGAAUCUCUGAGAGAGAUGAGUCUGAGCCACAAGGUGGCGAGAUUAGCAAAGACGGUGCUGAAAAUGCAGCUUUUCGGACUCCGUCAGCCCUCAGUGGAAACUGCACUCAGACUUCUGAAUCCAGACGACAACGGCUUUGAGCCGGGAACGGGUGACAAAGGAUUACAGGGAAAGGGCGGCUGGAAUAAUUACAAAUAA